CAACAUGGCGGCGCCCUCAAGACUAAUAUCAAGGUUGACUCUGGUGACAGGGGGGGGCAGUGGUAUCGGCCGGGCGGUGUGCCAACGCUUUGCCUCAGAGGGCGCCUCCGUGGUGGUUGCAGACCUCAGCGAGGCGUCAGCCAUUGAAACCCUGGGAAGCCUGUCAUGUGACCAGAGGGGGCAGGACCACAUGGCUUCUGUGGUGGACGUGUCAUCAAAAGAGAGUGUAGAGAAUUUGGUCACCAGCAUACAGUGUCGCUACUUCCAGCCUCCCUCGGUGUGUGUGAACGCGGCGGGCAUCACCCAAGAUGACUUCCUGCUCCGCAUGCAGGAGGAACACUUUGACAGAGUCGUCCAGGUCAACCUCAAGGGAAGCUUCCUGGUCACACAGGCUGUGGCCAGAGCUCUGGUGUCCUGUGGGGCGCCCAAAGGAUCCAUCAUUACCGUAGGAAGCAUCGUGGGCAAGGUGGGGAAUAUCGGACAGGCCAACUACGCCUCCUCUAAAGCCGGUGUGGAGGCGCUGAGCCGCACAGCUGCCAAGGAGCUCAGCAGGUCUGGGAUCAGGUGUAACUGUGUGCUGCCAGGCUUCAUUUCCACUCCUAUGACAGAGAAAGUACCGGAGAAGGUUAUCAGCAAGAUGACCUCGCUGGUGCCGCUGGGCAGGAUGGGGGAGCCUCACGAGGUGGCGGAUGUCUGUGCCUUCCUCGCCUCAGAUGAUUCUAGCUACAUCACAGGAGCUAGCAUCGAAGUGACGGGGGGACUUUUCAUUGGCUAAGUCAGCUGUCAGUCAUCCUGAUGAAGACCAUGGACUGGGGGCGGAUGAAGACCAUGGACUGGGGGCGGAUGA